AUGCCGUGGCUGGUAUCGAAUCAGGCGAACUCUAACAAGCAAGAGACGGCACAGCUUACGUCCGAAAGGGAAGGAAGGCGCGACUCGUCAGCAACAUUGGUAGAGAAAUACGGCAAGUGCCGGGAAGUAGUGGGCCGUGGGAAGUUCGGCAUCGUCCUCGUCUCGCUCAAGAAAAAGGAGAAUGGAGUGGGCGAGGAAUUAUAUGCGGUUAAGAAGUUCCAGCGACAGCCGAAGGAGACAGAGCGGAUAUACGGUAACUACUGCGAGAUUAUGGAGUUCUGCACCGGUGGUGAUUUGCAUAGCUUGUUGAUGCGCGGCGUUGAGUACAUACACGAGAUGGGGGUGGCACAUCUCGACCUCAAGCCUAAGAACCUCUUACUCACUUACGAUGGCUUGCUCAAGAUCAGCGACUUUGGCCAUAGUGAGUGUGUCCGCUUCGCUUGGGAGAAGGAUGUACAUAGGGUUUCUGGGAUCCCUAACCCGGAUCCAUACGUCGCUCCUGAAGAGUACACCGGUGGGGGGUUUGACGGUUAUGCAGUCGACAUUUGGGCUUGCGGCGUUAUCUACAUGUCCAUGAUCACAGGUCGUUGCCUUUGGCGCACCGCGAAGACAAGCGAGGACGCUUCCUAUUCACAAUACCUUGAGGCACGCCGUCAUCAGGAAGGUUUUGAGCCUAUCGAGUCGUUGCCCCGACUUUUUUCGGGCCUGGAGAUAGGUGGCGCCGCCAUCGACCUAUGCCAGCGCUAG